AUGAAGCUGUAAUUGUUCUACAAUUACUCCUCUUUAUUUGCAGAAUUUUCAAGACUUUUUGAAAAAAAUAUUCGUUUAAUACUUCUUGCAUCAUUUGAUUACAUCUGCUUAGUGUUUCUUACAUUAUAAUUGAAGUAAAAUGUCUUAAUAAUUACUGUAGUGUCUGA